AUGACAAGCAAAACGGGUAUAAUUUUGUUAAUUUGGAUAUUAUUAACGGCAGCUAAUUUAUUCCCCGUUAAUUACUACGGCGAAAUUGAAUUCAUAGUAACGAUUAUAAAAGUUGCAUUUAUGAUCAGUUGGAUUGGCUUGAGUAUAUGCUUGGUUUCUUUGCAAAUUGGUCUCAUCAAUUGGCAAAAUCGCGAAUUGUUAUGGGGGAUAAAUACGAUACAAGUUGUAACUAACCCCAUACUCAAUAAGGUGAUUAAUAUUUUAUCGUCAUCUAUCGUAUCUUCGUGUUUUACUUUCCAAUCGAUUGAAUCGGUGGGGAUAUGUUCAGGGGAAAUUGAAGAUAUUGGUCGCAAUUUACCCAAAGCAAUCAAGUAUAUCGUCAUGCGGAUUGUUUUGUUUUAUCUUGGUUCGUUGGUUUUGCUUACGUUGAUGAUUCCUAGUAAUGAUUCUCGGUUAAUUGACAAUAAUGGUAAUGGUGAUAGUGGCCUGGCCAUGACCUCGCCAUUUGUUAUUGCAUUGAUCAAUUGCGGGGUUGGUGGCACUUCGAUCUUGAUUAAUAUUGUCAAUUUUGUCAUAUUGACUUCCAUGAUAUCGGCCGCCAAUUCAAACAUCUAUUUCGGAUCACGAUGUUUGUUGUCCAUGGUUGAAGAAGGAUACUUUUGGCCCCAAUUUGCAAAGACAACGAGGAAUGGAGGUGUACCUGUCUAUGCCAUCUUGUUAACUUCUGCAAUAGGGUUGAUAAUUUCCCUACUAUCGAACUGGAAAAGCAUGGAUAUCUUCCUCACAUUGUUAAUCAAUUUGUCGGCUACUACUGGGUUACUCAUGUGGCUCUUCAUCCUGGUUAGCUACCUUCGGUUCCGCGCAACUUUGGAAUACAAUGGGUUACCGUAUAAUCAACUCUCGUAUACUUCUUCGUCGCUGUUGUUGUUCUGCUUGCCAAUGAGACAAGCUUCCUGGUUCAGUAUCGUCAGUAUUGUUGUGAUUAUAUUGAGUAAUGGUGUAACCAAUGUUUGGCAAUUUAAUUGGGAUUCAUUCGCCAGUUGUUAUUUGACGCUGAUUGUGGUUAUAAUUGGGGUGGUUUGCUUUAGUUAUAAAUGGAAUGAGCCGGUGUUGAAACCUGUAGCUGAGAUCGAUAUCUUUACUGAUCAUUCACCAAAUGCGUUUAAGUAG